CCCCCAGGCCCGUGGCUAACAUGAACGAGGCGCUGCUGACCCGCGUGUCCUCGGGAGCGCCCACGCCCACCAAAAGGUGCCACCAGAGCAGCAGCCCCGAGCCGGGCCGGGAGGAGCACGCCCUGAUUGCCACCUUUGUGAGCCACCUGCGGAGCGGGGCACGUGCCCUGGACAGCCCUGGCCGCCUGGACGAGGAGCACCGGCUCAUCGCCCGCUACGCCGCGCGCUUGGCCGCCGAGGCCGGCAAUGCUCCCCGUCCUCCCGCAGACCUGCCCUUCGCCUUCGAUGCCAACAGGCAGCAGCGGCAGCUGAUCGCCGAGCUGGAGAGCAAGAACAGGUACAGCCCCCUGGAGCUGCCCCCUCGCUCAUUAGCCACUCAUUAACACCAGUUAAUUAGCCCUGGGGAGGGGCUGCCCUGCCCCCCUUCCCCAGGGGAGGGGGGAGUUUGAUUUUUUCUCAUCUUCUCAAAUUCAUCUUCUCCAACCCUGAGCACAUCCAGCAAACCUCAGAGCUGGGAUCUGACCCCAGAAAUC